AUGGUCUCUCUUACUCUCACGUCUCCUCGGUCUUCUACCAUACUCUCGUCCUCGUCCAGAAACUCUAUCACUCAUGUAUCACAAUCGCCCUCCGUCCCGCCCUCGCCAUCGUCAUCUGUCUCCGCAGCAUCCACCUCGAGCUCGUCCAGCAGCAGUGGUCGAAUGAGUAGAGCCGACGAUGAGGACGCUACCGUCACCUUCAAACGCGCAUCCAUCAUGUCCAAUGUAUCCCAGAUGCUCAAGGGGAAGGACAAGAGCACAGAGGAUCUCCGGAUCCUCGCGGCGCAACAAUACAUGACGGAACUCACCUACGCCAUCUCGGAUAUUCAGACUCGCAUUUUCGAAAUACAAGAGUUACGACACAGGACCCAGUCCUCUGGCGACGUGAGCAACGCCACAAGUGUUGAUCACUCGCUGGCUGCCCUCGACGAACGUCUUGCAUCCGUUGCGACGGGUAUAAAGACCGUCAACGAGUCCCUGGAGCCUCUCUUGGGUCGUGCAGAACAAACGCCGACGUUGGUUAACCCUAAGCAGGAAGAAGAAGCGGCUAUCCUGCGUGUCCACGCAGCAUUGUUGGCAGAUUGGGAGGCGGUUCAGAAGGACAUCCAAGUUUUGAGAGAAGAGUUGAAGGAAGAUAAGUGGUUGACCGUGUUCCGCACCGUGACGGACCAGGCGGAUGGCAUGAUGUCCAGCCUGGAGAAGGCAGUCAAUCGAUGUCAGGACUUCAUGUGGCAGGUGCAGAAACGAGGACUGGACGAGAACCUAAAUGCAUCCAAUUCUUCGUCAUCGGGACGCUCUGAUAGAGCGUCGCUUAAUUACGAGACGUUCAUAGCCCUUCUUGAGUCAUUUGAGGCGAAGAAAAAGCAUUAUAUGCCCGCUACAACAAAAGUCCUGUCCAUCAUUGACAAAGGAGUUCAAGAUCGUGUCACGAAGAACGGCGAGUGUUUGCGACGACAUGCUGAGUGCACACAGCGCUGGCGCAACCUGAAGGAACGGAUAUCAAGGACGGACUCCGAUAUGGAACAUUUGCGGCGGCUCUUCCUGCACCCCAACGAUUCGGCUUUGAGUUCAGGAGGAUCUAGCCACUCGGGUAACUUGUCGGUGUCUAAGAACGGGUAUCUUGUCACCCCUCCGAGCGGCGAGAAGAAGGGUCGUUCACCGAGCACGAACACCCUCUCGCGAUCCAUCUCACCGUUCCGCAAGAUCGCUCGCAAGCUCAAAGGUGCUUCUGGAACGAAGUCGCCUUCUCCAGGCAACGUCACUCCAUUACCACCUAAGAGCCCUGCGCUUUCCCGAAUGCCGUCCUCAGAACCCGCGCGCACCCUGCGACAUAGGACAUCGAUGUUCACCUUUCUCAAUGGCGGUCAGCCGCUCACGCCAACGACACCCGAUCGUCCCUCCCACAAAUACAGUGCUAGUCUCACCCCAGACAACUCACCAUCGAAGAGAGGGGUGGACGCGAAUGCGACGCUCAAGAACCGUCCAGCGUGGAAUAGCUCUACAAAGGUACAGCCCGACGAGCGUUCUGCGACGAUCAAGCAGUCCUCUCGUCGUCCCUCCGUAUCCUCUACUCGGCCACGUAUGUCAUCGGACGAUAUACCCCCUGUUCCACAGAUGUACAAACGGAGUCUAUCGCGAAGUUCUAUGGCCUCUUCUCGACCGUGGUCGCCUGUAACAUCAACUUCUACGGCUCAGUCCUCGACCACACCAUUUUCUAUGUAUCGCCCGCCUUCGCGUUCACACACGCCAGGUCUGUCUUACUUCGACACCACAACGGUCUCACCUCCGCGCACUCGUCCGAAGACGCCUAGUCACAUCCCCACCCCUUCGACCCACCUCCGGUCUCUAUCCUCAUCUGUAUCCUCUGCGAACUCGAGCCCAUCGCGUGCACUAUCUCCCACAACGUCAAUCUCGGGGCAGCUCAACAAUUUCCCUGCUCGGCCCCCUAGCCGUUCGAUGAUCCCCAUACCGAGCGUUCACAUUCAGGGCGCAUCACGGCCUGGCACAGCAAUGUCUUACCGCCCCGACAGUGCGAUUUCCUUCUGCGGGUCCGCUGCUCGCGCCGCGACGCCAGAAGGCCUGUCGCGUAUGACCCCACGACCUCGGGCGCCACCCUCCAGCUUCAGAGAUGGUACAUCUCCUCGCACACCUGCAUCGCGCCCCUCGUCCCGCGCCGGCGCAGAGACCCCGGAUUGGCAUGGCGAGCCGGUACACUAUUACGCUCCCGGCAACCACCGGGACCCGCUCGACAUGGAGGUCGCGACGAUCGUGAACUCGAUCCCGCACAGCAUGAUCGUCGAGCGUAUUGAUCCGCCUCUCAAGCAAAUCCCGAAGGAGGGUGAGGAAGUUCGGGCUCAGUACGCAUUCUCGAACCAGCUCGGAAGAAAGGUUGUCACUUGCAAGCUUGCGACGAUGACGCGCUCCGGCAAAGGCACGACCAAGAAGGUCAUGUGCCGUGUUGGUGGAGGGUGGCAAGACCUCAGACUCUACAUUAUGACCCGUCAAGGCGCAGCGUGA